GAGAGAGAGAGAUCGACGUCUCUUGUUUUAGCAGCAGUAAAUCAAUAGUUUCUCAAAGUAAAACCAAAGCACAACUGUCCAACCCCUGCAGUUUGCUGUUAAGCAUCUAUUGGAUUUUAGGAGGGGAGAAUCACAUGCCUACGGCCAGCAUCCCAGUGACUUUAUGAAGUCCUGGCACUUUCAGAUAUGUGACUGAUUUAAACCUUUACGCAUAGACUGCUGAUACAUUAAACUGCUCAUUUUGUGCUGACGCUCUUUAGACACACACAUUACUUCAGGCUAGAGAGAGAGAGAGAGAGAGAGAGAGAGAGAGAGAGAGAGAGAGAGUGCUGCAACAACUCAACUUGCAGCGGGGGGAGUGGAGAGGACGCAUGUGGCAAGUCGCAGCUGGUUUGGCUGUGUACAUGGUUGUAAAGCCUGCUUCUUCCUUUCAACGAAUGCGCAGAUGAUGAAUGGACGUUCCGAUAAUUGAUAAGGCAGGAUACAGCUUUUUGCAAAACAUCGCCUGGGACACACUACUGUAUAAUUUCUGCUCGCGGUAUGGACGGGUUGCAGGCAGACAAUGCUGGAGUUGGCGACAUCGGGGAAAACGCGGAGGAAAGGUAUCGUGCUCUAGCCUAUGACACUGCUCUGAGCACUUUGGUGGCAGUGGCCGUGUACGUGGUGGUGAAAGUGAGCCUGGACGGCAUCAGACAGUGGCGGGCCAGGAUCUCGGUGCUCAUCGUGGGUUCGGGACCCGUGGGGCUGACAGCCGCGCUGGUCGCUGUCCGCUCCGGUAAGGUGCUGAAACUGACCGUGCUGGAUGAGAGGUACCGGACUGCCCUGCUCUGCCGGCCCCAGCAGAUCGCCCUGGAUCCUCACACUGUGAAGUUUCUGCUGGGACUUGGGGUGGACUUUGAUAACAUGGAGGGCUGCUGGCACAACGAGCAUUUCUUCACCAGGAUAGGAGUGUUUCAGGAGUACCUGCUGAGCAUCCUGGAGCAGAAGAAACAGAAAGUGGACGUCAAGGUGCAGCUGGGAACCAAGUUUACAGAGGAAUACCUGCGGCGGAUCCCACACAAUGAAUGGCCACGUGUGAUCGUGGUGGCUGACGGGUCGUGUGGCGACUCCUGCUCGGUGCUGGGCAUCAGCUCUGACUACACUGUGGAGUCCUGCCAUGCCUAUGGAGCUAAUGCAACUAUAGAGAGACUAGACCAGAGACAGGUACCCACUCCAGAGAUCCGUGCCCACAGCCUCUACUUCGACCUGUCCGCUUACGGAGUGGAGGCUCUCAGAGAGCACCGAAAUCCCUCAGCCAAACCUGGCUUCCACCUGAAGAUCUAUGGCACCUUCAGAAACCGCUACAUGGCCCUUUUCUGCCCCACGUCUGACACCAAGAUGGUUCGCUUCCUCAGGCACACGGCCAACUCCUCUAUCAUGAAGAACAUUUUCCACCAGUCCUUUAAUGCCUAUAAGACGGACAUAGAGCCUCGACUCAACGACGUGACGCUCCACCACAUGCAGUGCAGCCGCCGUCUGUUUGAGAUUCAGUUGUCACACAGACGCAUCAGCGCUGCCUACAUAGAGGGGGACAAUGUGGCAGUCACAGUGGAGGGGGAGGCAGCACGCGUCCUCAACUUCGACACAGGUUGUGGGGUGAAUCUAGGUAUGCGGGGUCUGGAGUCAAUGGGGACGUUCAUUUACCAGACAGCCACCGCCGUAGACCAGAAUGAUAUUCUAGAGGCACUGACGGCUAAGAUGCGGCACUCCAGACAGGUGGCUGAGACCUUCAAGCAGACAGGCCUGGCUGAAUCAAUGUAUGAAUGAAAUAGGAGGACGACCUGGCGAAUGCAUAAUGCCACCUAGUGGAAAGUGGUGGUGGAUUAUUUGUGUUUACAAUGAAUGUUUACAAUGAAUCAUGAGUCUGAUGCUGAAAUGGACCACUAAUGUUUGCAUACUAAAUGGAGCUGAAUUAGUUGCAAACAGAUGGAUAAUGGAUGUAAACAUGUUACCAUUAGUCUUUGUAACAUAGUGAGUGGAUCUACUCUUAAUGGAUGGAGCUAGAAUAACCAAGGCCACAUUUAGUACAAUACAUUUGAAGCUGUUCUGAUUUUUUUUAUUUACAAAACUUGUUAAUACAGCAAACUAUGGCAUAAAGAUAUAUAUAAUCUCUUACAGUUGCAGUGACACAAUAUACAUUGAGUACUAAUGCGCCGCUCUUUGGAUUUUGAUUCCUAACUGUAAAGUGUGAGAAUGUACGGGAAAGAAAUCUAGAGAGUAGUUGUAAUAAAUGAAAACUCUGUGAUCUUCAUCAUUUCCAUCACUGUAGUCUUCUCCUUUUAUUAGGGAAAGAAUUGACUUAAUUUCCAAAAUCUAGCUGAUUGUGCUCUCACAUCAAUGGUGCUAGAUGAUAAAAAUGAGAUUGUGCCGUUGCAUCAUCAGCUAGAGCUGAGAAAUGUGUAAAACUGUUAUUGUCCAUGAUUUAAUGGAGGAACAUGCGUGUAGAAUCAGAAGUGAGGAGGCAACGGCUCCAAAGUGUUAUUAUCAAGCCUUUUGUCUUUGUGUUUGUUUGACAAUGUGGUGAUAAUUGUGGUGACGACAUUCUGAAGUAUUUGCUAGAGUGGCCUAUUUUUGUGUGCUGCCUUGUAAAUUAAGAUUUUUGGAAUAUUUAAAAAAUGUAGAAUAUUGCAACCAUAUUAUGGACAAACUGUAUUAUUAAUGCAUUUUUCUGGUGUCACAUUUUCAUUUUUUUAAUUUUGCUCCAGGUGAUCUGAUAUGACUCAAGUAUUAUUCCUAACAGUAUAUUACUUUCAGAUGAAGGAGAGUAUGCUGAUAAUAAUGUUCUGCUCCUGUUGAAGUGCCAAUAAAUAUGGUGAUUUGGCAAAAGUGA